UCUAGGCUCUGAGGCAACGGCGCGUUUUUUACGUCGAAAUUGCAGUAUAAAUGAAUUUUUUUCAGGAACGCCAUUUUCGUUGGGUUCGGUUGAAAGUUGAAACAGAAUAAGGGGGAAACAAAGCUUUGUUGUUUGUUGUCCAAAAUCAAAAGCUAAAUUCCACCAUUUUCCUCCUUUUUCUCUUUCUCUCUAUUAUUUCCAUGAGCUUCGCUCGGAUCUCAAAUCCUCUCUCCUCCUUCACUUCUUCAUCAUAAUCUCUUUCCUCUUCCUUCCUCGCCUCGAUAUCGAGAGCCCUGAGCUUAACUUUUCUUCCCCUUUUUCCCCUUUCGGCUCUCGAUCUUUCGAAGCCAUAUUCCUUACAUUUCGUUGUUUCCUUGAUUAUUAUGUGAAUUCUCUUGCUUUUCCAGUUUUUACACUUGAUUUCUGGAUUAUCCUUUUCUUGUACCACAAGAAACGACCAUGGAAAACUUAGCAGCGCAGCUAAAACGAGGAAUCUCGCGCCAAUUCUCUACUGGGUCGAUAAAACGGAGUUUCAGCCGCCAAUUCACGCGGCAGUCAUCGCUGGACCCUCGGAGGAACAACCAACGGUUCAGCUUUGGCCGGCAGUCGUCGCUGGACCCCAUUAGGAGGAGUCCCGUCCAAGAUGAGCUGACGGUGCCGGAGAACCUGGACUCGACCAUGCAGCUGCUGUUCAUGGCGUGUAGAGGAGAUGUCAAAGGAGUGGAGGAUUUGUUGAAUGAAGGUGUUGAUGUUAAUAGUAUUGACUUGGAUGGCCGUACUGCUUUGCAUAUCGCUGCUUGUGAAGGUCAUGUUGAGGUUGUCAAGCUUCUUCUUAGUAGAAAGGCUAAUAUUGAUGCCCGUGAUCGUUGGGGUAGCACGGCAGCUGCUGAUGCAAAGUACUAUGGAAAUGUAGACGUCUACAAUAUUUUGAAGGCCCGUGGAGCCAAAGUUCCUAAAACCAGGAAGACGCCAAUGACAGUUGCUAACCCUCGAGAGGUUCCAGAGUAUGAGCUUAAUCCAUUGGAGCUUCAAGUUCGGAAGUCUGAUGGUAUAACAUCGGGAUCAUAUCAAGUGGCAAAAUGGAACGGCACAAAGGUUGCUGUAAAGAUACUAGAUAAGGACAGCUAUUCAGACCCUGAGAUCAUAAAUGCUUUCAAGCAUGAGCUAACUUUACUAGAAAAAGUUCGACAUCCUAAUGUGGUUCAAUUUGUCGGAGCUGUUACACAAAAUAUUCCCAUGAUGAUUGUUUCAGAGUAUCAUUCAAAAGGUGACUUGGGAAGCUACCUUCAAAAGAAAGGGCGUCUAUCACCAUCCAAAGUUUUAAGAUUUGCUCUUGACAUUGCCAGGGGAAUGAAUUACCUUCAUGAAUGUAAGCCAGAUCCAAUCAUUCACUGCGAUUUAAAGCCAAAUAAUGUUUUGCUGGAUAAUGGAGGCAAGUUGAAGGUAGCUGGAUUUGGUUUGCUAAGACUGUCAAAAAUAUCAGCUGACAAGGCAAAAUUAGCACAGCCAGACACUCAUGUUGAUCCAUCAAAUAUAUAUGUGGCACCUGAGGUUUAUAAAAAUGUGAUAUUUGAUCGAAGUGUUGAUGCAUAUUCUUUCGGUGUCAUGCUAUAUGAGAUGAUUGAAGGAGUAGUGCCUUUUCAUCCCAAGCCUGCCGAAGAGGCUGUGAAAUUGAUGUGUUUAGAAGAAAAGAGACCACCAUUCAAGACCAAAUCAAGAAGUUAUCCUCCAGACUUAAGAGAGCUGAUUGAAGAAUGUUGGGAUAAAGAACCUGUUGUCAGACCGACUUUUUCAGAGAUCAUUGUACGAUUGGACAAAAUAGUUGCCAACUGCUCAAAACAAGGGUGGUGGAAAGACACUUUCAAGCUUCCUUGGAAAUAAGAAGAGUGUUGAGAAAAAAGAGAAAAUCAGAUAAAGAUUUUGAGGGAAGUUUCCAUGUCAGAGUUUUUGAAGUUUCAUCUUAAAAUAAUUGAGUUUAACAAAGUAUAAAACCAUGUUGAAAUAACAAAAGAAAAAGAAAUGAUCUUACCUCUCUCUUUCUUCUGUGAAGGAGCUGGAACAGUUCCUUUUUAUGUAUAAUUUGUUGAAGAGCUUGCAAAUGAAAAAAAAAAAAUGCAAAUUAGAAGAAUUAAUGUACUUAUUAUUGUAUUUCGUGCC